AUGGGAAGAAGUUGCAAUCUUCUCUUUGCACUUGUGGUUUUCAUUCUGCUCCAUACUUCUUUCUCUACUGUUCCAAAUAUUAGUACUGAUGAAGCUGCUCUUCUUGCAUUAAAAUCUCACAUUUCUUCUUCUGAUCCUACCAACAUCUUAGCAACCAACUGGUCUUCUUCCACCCCUGUUUGCACCUGGAUUGGAAUCACUUGCAGCUCCCGACACCAUCGAGUCACAGCUUUAGACAUUUCUAGUAUGCAACUUCAUGGUACCAUUCCUCCACACCUUGGAAACCUCUCAUUUCUUGUUUCUCUCAACAUUAGUAAAAACAGAUUCCAUGGGAAUUUGCCCGAAGAGUUGGCUCAUUUGCAGAGGUUGAAACUGAUUGAUGUCACAAGUAAUAACUUAACUGGUGCCAUUCCACCAUCUUUAAGUUUGCUAGUAGACCUUCGCAUUUUGCACCUGUCUAGCAACCAAUUUUCCGGAAAAAUCCCAUCUUCCCUUUCCAAUCUAACAAAGCUGAAAGUGUUGAGAAUAACGGGAAAUUUUCUCGAAGGAGAGAUCCCUCGAGAACUUGGUGGUCUUCAUUACAUGUCUGUUUUGAACCUGGAAAGUAACCAUCUUACUGGCUCUAUACCACCAUCAAUUUAUAACAUUACAACCAUGCGAAUCAUUGCUCUUUCCAACAAUAAUCUUACUGGUGAGCUUCCAACAACUAUAUGUGACCAUCUUCCGAACUUGGAAGGGAUUUACCUCUCAGAAAACAUCCUAGGGGGCAUUAUUCCACCAAACUUGGAAAAAUGCAAAAAGCUCAAAUUCUUGUCAUUGUCUGUAAACGAGUUCACCGGAACUAUACCGAGGGAGUUAGGCAACAUAACAAAUCUUGCAGAAUUAUACCUUGGAUUGCUGCACUUCGAAGGAGAGAUACCAGUGGAGCUAGGUAAUCUUAAGAAACUACAGAUUCUGUCAUUAUCCGACUGUAAGCUUACUGGUUCCAUCCCCACAAGCAUUUUCAACAUGUCAGCGCUGCGGGCAGUCGUACUUGACGAAAACAUGCUUUCAGGUAAUCUACCAACAGAUUUAGGCAGUGGGAUCCCCAGCCUAGAAACAUUGAUUUGUGCAAACAACAAUCUGAGUGGAUUUAUAUCUGCUACUAUCUCAAAUGCUUCAAGGCUCAGUGCGAUUGAUCUUUCAAUCAACAGUUUCACAGGUUCAAUUCCUCAUUCACUUGGUAACUUAGAAAACCUUGAGCUUUUGGACCUGCAGAUGAACAAUUUUGUCAGCGAUUCAACAUUGAGCUUCCUGACAUCUUUGACUAACUGUAGGAAACUGAGAGAACUCACUUUUUGUUAUAAUCCCUUGGACAGUUUUUUCCCAGCAUCAAUUGGAAAUUUCUCUGAUUCUCUGCAAAUUUUCGAAGGAUGUUACUGUAAACUGAAAGGCUCCAUUCCUGGAGAAAUUGGUAAUCUUACCGGUGUGAUAAGGAUAAAUUUUUCACAAAAUGAUUUGACUGGACAUAUUCCAAAAACUAUCCAAGGCAUGCUGAGCCUUCAAGAAUUUUACCUAGAGAGCAACAAGAUAGAAGGAAUCAUACCAGAUUCUAUCUGCAAUUUAAAGAAUCUUGGAGCAUUACACUUGUCAGGUAAUCAAUUUUCUGGUCGCGUGCCACCUUGCUUAGGAAAAGUUACCAGUAUGAGAUAUCUUUAUCUAGCUGAUAACAUGCUUAAUUCGAGUUUACCCGAAAGCUUGGGGAGCCUUCCUGAUCUCAUAGAGUUCAAUUUUUCAUCCAAUUUAUUGCAUGGCAAAAUUCCUAUUGAGAUUGGAAAUUUAAAGGCUGCAACACUCAUUGAUCUGUCAAAAAAUGAUUUUUUUGGUAGGAUCCCUAGCACUCUAGAGGGUCUGGAUAGAUUGAUUAGUCUUUCUCUAGCACAUAAUAAAUUAGAUGGGCCUAUUCCAGAUUCAUUUGGCAAAAUGCUGGCCUUGGAAUACUUGGAUUUGUCCAGUAACAAUCUUAGUGGUGAAAUCCCAAAGUCAUUAGAAGCUCUUGUGUAUCUCAAAUACUUGAACUUCUCAUUUAAUGAACUCAGUGGAGAAAUUCCCACGGGUGGUCCUUUUGCAAGUGCCACAGAUCAAUCUUUCUUGUCCAAUUAUGGGCUCUGUGGUGAUUCUAAGUUUCAUGUUUCACCAUGCGUCAUCAAAUCUCCCAAGAGGUCGACGAAAAAAAAGGCAAUAUUGGUUUUGUACAUCCUUUUGGGAGUAGGCAUGCUAUUUCUUGCAUUAGCCGUCACAUAUGUAUUUUUGAGAUUGAGAAAGAAAAAAAAGAAUGCAGGUCAAGCUGAUGUGUCUCUGAUAAAAUGUCAUGAAAGAAUUUCCUAUUAUGAACUUGAACAAGCAACCGAAGGAUUCAGCGAAAGCAACUUGCUUGGUAACGGGAGUUUCAGCAAGGUCUACAAAGGGAUACUUAAGGAUGGUACUCUUUUGGCAGCAAAGGUAUUCAAUGUGCAAUUGGAGGGUGCAUUCAAAAGUUUUGAUACAGAAUGUGAGAUGUUGCGCAACCUCCGCCACCGAAAUCUGACCAAAGUCAUCACCAGUUGCUCCAACCUUGAUUUCAAAGCCUUAGUGUUGGAAUACAUGUCCAAUGGGACACUUGAUAAAUGGCUAUACUCUCACAACUUGUUCUUGGAUUUAUUUCAGAGAUUAGAUAUAAUGAUAGAUGUUGCAUCUGCAAUGGUCUAUCUCCACAGUGGUUGUUCAAAUCCGGUGGUGCAUUGUGACUUAAAGCCAAGCAAUGUCUUGCUAGAUCAAGACAUGGUUGGCCAUGUCAGUGAUUUUGGCAUUGCAAAAUUGUUAGGUGCAGGGGAAGAUUUUGUUCAAACAAGGACAAUAGCAACCAUUGGAUAUAUUGCUCCAGAGUAUGGACAAGAUGGAAUAGUAUCCACAAGCUGCGAUGUUUAUAGUUUCGGUAUCCUGGUGAUGGAGACGUUUACAAGAAUCAGACCAGGUGAUGAAAGAUUUACUGGAGAGUUUAGCAUACGACGUUGGGUUAGUGAUUCUUUUCCAAAAGAGAUUCAUAAGGUGGUGGAUGCUAAUUUGGUACAGCUAGGGGAUGAACAAAUUGACGCAAAGAUGCAGUGUCUGUUGUCUAUCAUAGAGUUAGCUUUGCUCUGCACUUUAGUGACACCUGAUGCAAGAAUUAGUAUGGAAGAUUCUCUUUCAACACUUCAAAAGAUCAGGCUCCAGUUUGUCAAUAGUCGCCGCUAG